UCCGAGGAGGACCGGGGUUCGUUCCUGCGGGGAAAGCUGAGGCGAUUCCGGGACCCUGGCAACAGAAGAAAGCUUUCCAAAGAGGAGGCGUGGUAGGGACGCCUCGAGGGGUCCGAGAGGAGCCGGAGCGCUCCGGGACUGGGGUUCAGGCUGAGGGAGGCCUUCCUGGAGCAGACGCUGUGCGGGGGGCCGUGCUGGAGAAAGCUGGGGUGCCAGCCCGGCGGGCCCUUUCGGACGCGGGAAGGGGGACGCUGCCUGCAGCCCCCGCGACCCUUGCAGCUCGGCUCCCUCCCCCCACUCCAACCCCACCCCCUUCCCCGAAAGUUAAAAGGACCUUUGCUGCUUCUGUCCUACUCAAUAAAUAGUACUUUUACCCUCCAACGGGGGAAACAAAAGAACUCAUUUCCUUCCCAAUUCGGUGCUUAGGAAAGCCCCAGGCCAGGCUGGCCUCUCGACUGAUUUUAUAAUUUUAACUCAGGGGUCAAACUAGCAAGGGCCUUGCUCGUGUGUCCAUUCUCAAAACCCCACACUCUGCCUCGUUUCGCGGCGCCAUGUCUACCAGCAGCUGUAGUUUCAAGGACCGGUGCGUGUCCAUCUUAUGUUGCAAAUUCUGUAAACAAGUGCUCAGCUCUAGGGGAAUGAAGGCUGUUUUGCUGGCUGAUACCGAAAUAGACCUUUUCUCUACAGACAUCCCUCCGACCAAUGCAGUGGAUCUCAUUGGAAGAUGCUAUUUCACUGAAAUCUGCAAAUGUAAACUGAAGGACAUUGCAUGUUUAAAAUGUGGAAACAUUGUAGGUUAUCAUGUGAUUGUUCCAUGUUGUUCCUGCCUUCUUUCCUGCAACAAUGGACACUUUUGGAUGUUUCACAGCCAGGCAGUAUACGGUAUUAACAGACUAGACUCCACUGGUAUAAACUUCCUACUUUGGGGCAACUUGCCAGAGAUAGAAGAGACUGCAGAUGAAGAUGCAUUGGAUAUGUCGGCAGAGGAGUGUAUUAGAUGAACUGGAUUAUGAUAUGUAGGAUAUUCCAAAUUUUCCUAUUUAAAAUGUAUAUUAAUAAUCAACUUUAUAUUUGUUGGUUUUUUUUCAGUGCUUUAUUUGGAAAAUAAAAAUGGGGCAUUUGUUGAUUUAUUCAUUUGCUGUCUCAAAUUAAUUUCCUAAGUAUAAAUUAGUCAAUAUCCUUCUUUUCUUCUACUUCUACUUGCCCCUCUUCCUCUUUCCACACCUCUGUUCACUAUAGGUGUCUUCUUAAUUCAGAUAAGGAAAGAUUCUUUCACAUGUUGCUCAUCUACCUUCUAAGUUUGGAAGAGUUUUUCUUAUAACUAAAUGCUAGUACCAUUAAUUUUACAUUUCUGAAUAAGGGGCAUUAGUAUGCACACAGGUACAAACCAUACAUAUUAGCAAAGCAUACAUAGGUCAAGCACAACUGGAAAUUAAAGCUUACCUAGAAAUUAAAAAAAAAAAAAAAUAGGUUGUUAUGCUCCAUGAGUACUGAUUAUCAUAUGUUAUGCUAAUGAUAAGUACUUUAACAUGGAGCGAGACUUUGUGAAUCAACAAAUAGAAAAAUUAAAAGUUUAAAAUAUUUGCCAGCAUGUUUGCCUCAGUGUGUUAAUAAGUGCAUUUGUCAGACAAUUAUUGAUAUAUACUGUUUACCAAUAUUAUUUAUUUACUUUCUACUAAAGUUAUAUGGGUAGUAUUUUAUGAAAGCCAGAUGAAAUAAACCUCUGUAUCCCAUUCUAGGGCAUUCUUUGUAAAUAGGAAAUUUUAGAUGCAUAGUCUCACUCCUAACCAUCAAGCAGAAAAAAUGAAGAAGUGACUUAUUUAAACCAUUGUACAUUAUAAGAUUUUUUUAAAGCCACACAGGAAUAGAAAACUGGUUGGAUUACUGUUGGAUUCUGUUUUUAUGUAGAGUUGAAAAAUCAAUGCAUUGCCUUAGCUAAUAACUCAGCUGUGGGCAUUUUGUCAAUAGUAAUACCAAAGCAGACUGAG